AUUCCUUUUUGACCCCAUCAUGCUUCAGUCUUUUUACUCUUUGAAGCCAUAUAACACCCAUCUGUUCAUCGCCAAAACAUCAAAUUCUCAUUGUAUUUAUUUAAGAAAAAGAACACCUCUAACUGAUAUGAUAUAUGACACUUUUCUCUUUGAUUGAACUAUACCUAGUUACCAUAUUUCAUCAACUCCGAUAAACCAUUUUCAGCUUCUACAUGGCUCAACAGGAAGAAGGGGGGUGGCCUUUAGGACUGCGGCCUUUGAAUAUGAGACCAGGAGACUAUGACUUCUCAGGAUCAAUCUCAUGCAACACUUUGCUCAGUGGCUCACCUGCAUUAACCUCAGAUUCUUCUUCAGAUGUAGAUACACAGUCAACAGGGUCUUUCUUUCAUGACAAGAGCAUCACAUUAGGAAAUCUUUUGGGUGUUUCAAGCAUUGUAGAGCUCUCAAGAAGAUCUUUAAGAAGUAGGAGAACUUCAGAAACCAUAACUUUAGGAAACAACGAAAGAUCAAACCUCAAAUCAAAACUUUGGUGUUUCAAUUUUUGUUUAUGCCGAAAAGACAUUGAUGUUGAUAUCGCUAGAAACAACACUGUACCCCUUGGAAGAUUACUAGAAGUAGAAAGAAGAGUUGCUCAGGAGCACAGACGAGGUCAUGAGCAUGGUCCAUUGAUAUAUGGACCUGAUGAGCUUGCGUUAGCUCAACCUUUUGGGGAGCUAUCAAAUUCGUUGUUUGUGGAUGGACGAAUUGUGCCUCCAACCCAGUCAAGCCCUUGUUCGGGUUUGGACUCUAAUGGAAGGAACGAGGGUAGAAGAUUGAGACCUCCAUGUUUUUGAAACUUAAUUAGUUUUCUUUCCUAUCUUUGUUACAGCUUGAGAUUAAUUAUGUUGGGUGCAUUUGUGAAGAAUUUGUCAUAUUUGCUACUCAUAAUGGGGUUUAAUUUGUUUGGUUCAUUUUGUGAACAGCCAAUGUUUUAAUGCACGUAGA